AUGAAAGCACAAGCAUCAGCAGCAGUGUUUUCAAAGGCAUGCCUUCGCGCGCGUCGGAGCGUGCGUCGGGGCGAGGUGGGAGGAAAACGCCCGAGGCGUCCGGCUGUUUCGCGAUCUGCACGUUUAGCGCCGGGAAGGCGUGAAGAGGCGUUGCAAGGCGUGUCCAGGCGGAGCGAGGCGUGA